UGCUCAGCCGGCAGGAGGCGGUGCGCUACUACCGCAGGAAGAUGGUCCGCUGGAACAGGAGACAUAAGCUUUACAGAGAGGAGCUCAACCUAACUUCUCCGGACUCACUGCUGCAGCUUGGGCGGGAAGCAAGCUGGCUCCAGUUCCACCUGGGCAUCAGUCGCUAUGGGCUGUAUUCCAGAUCCAGCCCUGCCAUUGACAAACUUCUCCAUGACAUGCAAGAUUUUAACACUGUCAGUGCCGAUUACAGUCAGGACGAGAAAGCUUUAUUAGGAGCCUGUGACUGCACCCAGAUUGUGAAGCCCAGCGGUGUACAUCUGAAACUGGUUCUGAGGUUCCAUGACUUCGGGAAAGCCAUGUUCAAACCCAUGAGACAGGAACGAGAGGAAGAGACUCCAGAAGAUUGUUUCUACUUCGUUGACUUUCAGAGGCACAAUGCGGAAAUAGCCGCCUUUCACCUCGACAGGAUCCUGGAUUUCCGACGGGUCCCGCCCACGAUCGGAAGGUUGAUCAACGUCACCAAGGACAUCCUGGAGGUCACCAAGAAUGAAAUCCUACAGAGCGUCUUUUUCGUUUCACCUGCCAGCAACGUGUGUUUCUUUGCAAAGUGCCCAUACAUGUGCAAGACGGAGUACGCCGUGUGUGGGAAACCUCAUCUGCUGGAGGGAUCCCUCUCCGCUUUCCUGCCGUCCCUCAAUCUGGCCCCGAGACUCUCCAUCCCAAACCCCUGGAUCCGGUCCUACUCGUUUGCUGGAAAAGAGGAGUGGGAAGUGAAUCCACUUUACUGCAACACGGUGAGGGAGAUUUACCCCUACAACAGCGGCAACCGGCUUUUAAAUAUCAUCGACAUGGCCAUAUUUGACUUCCUGAUAGGGAACAUGGACCGUCAUCACUAUGAAAUGUUCACUAAGUUCGGGGAUGAAGGCUUCCUCAUUCAUCUGGACAAUGCCAGAGGGUUUGGAAGACAUUCCCAUGACGAAACCUCCAUCCUGGCUCCACUCUCCCAGUGCUGCAUAAUAAAGAGGACAACAUUAUUACACCUGCAGCUCCUGACCCUGCCUGAGUACCGGCUCAGUGAUGUCAUGAGGGAAUCCCUCCUGCUGGAUCACCUUGCACCUGUCCUCACUGAACCCCACCUUUUGGCUUUGGACAGACGGUUGUGGCUCAUCCUGAAGACCGUGGGGAAAUGCAUAGAUGCACAUGGAGAAGACCAGGUUGUGGCCAAUGACACCAAGCAGCUGGAAGUGCCCUUUUUUGACAGAGUGACACCAACCAGCUAGAGCCUUAAAUUUUGGGGGGGACAGGGAAGAGCCCCUGGGAGCCAGCAGGUGAACUUUAAUUGCUGAUAAUUUUCACCUACACAAGCCUGUUGGAUUGAGAGGGGAAGCUCUUUGGAAGGGCUCAGAUUCUUACUGGGAUUUUAUGGUGAUUGCCCCACUAAAGCUUCAGUGCAUGGGGUAAACUUGUGCCAAGUACAUUUGCAGGCCAGGGCCUGAUCACUACACUCAUUCCAUGAGCUGCUGUCCUUCAGUGGAGCAGUACAGACACAUCUGCUCUGUAACUGCAAGGCAUGCCACUGAUAAGAGCCUGGGCAUUGGCAUCUGCAACCGGCACAGGAGCUGCGUCCUGUCCUUAAGCUGCCCCAAAGCUGGAUCCAAGAAUGAUGCUUGAAUAAAGCAAUGCUGAAAGGA